UGUCCGUAACCGGAAGGAAGUGGUCACUUCAGUAUUCUGUUUUUUUCUCCGUGGAAAUGAAUGGUCGUUUAAACUGGACUGUACCGUCAACUGGAGCGUGAAAUUCCUCUGUUUGUCCGCAGAGGGAGAAGCAUAAACCCCACAGUCUCGGAUAUAGAUGAAACCAACGCCGCUGGAUGUCGCAGUGAGUCGUUUUGACGGUGGGAAUGUGUGGAACCGUAAACAUCUCCUCCAUGUUCAAAUGUCUGCUGAAGAAGGAAAAACCCGGCGUCUGACAGCUGCGUCUCCCAUGGAACCCCCCGCGGCUCGUUCGGUUCCGUCCUGCCUCGACGCAGCAAUGCUACGAAAGCCGAGAUAAGAGGAGAACACGGGUGAACAGCAAACAGCAUGAUGGCUAUGAUGAGCUUUGGGGGGAGAGCGGUCCUCAGCCUGAGGUCGUCGCUCCUCCAUGCUGGCCGCUUCUGCAGGAUCAGUGCUGUGCAGAGUCCAGGUGCACUUCCGGUUAAAGGAGGGCAGAUUUUAGCUCACAUCCCCAAAGUGACACUGGUAUGUUGGGGUGCAGUCGGUGCUUCAUGUGCAGCCAGCUGUCAGGAGGCAGCUCUGCCCUCAUUGGUGCCUGACCGGAAGUCUUUAGCUAAAGUCCAAGUCCACAAACUGAUCUUCUUCCUGCGCCUCAGUCUCCGGGCUUUGAUCCUCCUCCUGAAGUUUGGUCCUCUCCUCCUCUUUUCUCCUCUGACUCUGCUCUCCUCUCGCUGCGCUGACCGCUGGCUUGAUGCUCUGCUGUGGGUGACAGAGACCUCUGGACCAACCUUCAUCAAGCUGGGCCAGUGGGCCAGCACCAGGCGGGACAUCUUCCCGCCGGAGUUCUGUGAACGCUUCUCCAGGCUCCACGUGAAAGUGCGCCCUCACUCGUGGGCCCACACCAAGCAGUGUCUCCGGAGAGCCUUCGGAGAGAACUGGAGACGGGUGCUGGUGUUCGAGAGCAAAGAGCCCGUGGGCUCGGGAUGCGUGGCCCAGGUGUACAGAGGCUGGGCCCGAGUGGACCAGGUGGAGGAUCCGGCCUUCCAGUCUCUGGUGGACGAGAUGGAGAAGGAAGACUUGCUGGGUGCCUGGGAGAUCCCGGGAUUGGGAGGCAUGGUGGGAACACUGCAAAAAGUCUGGAAGGGCAACGAGGAAGCAAAUGUUUCUGAUGAGCUGCACGAAGACAGCAGCACAGAGAAGGAGCGCCUGAUGCCGGUGGCGAUCAAAGUGGUCCAUCCAGGUGUCAGGAGGCAGGUGGAGAUCGACCUGCUGCUGAUGAAAUCAGCAAGUUGGCUCAUUCAGUGCCUGCCGGGACUGAAGUGGCUCAGCAUGUGUGAAGUCGUGCAGGAGUUUGAGAAACUCAUGACCAAACAGAUUGAUCUACGUUGUGAGGCCAAAAACAUCGAGCAUUUCCUGGAGAACUUUCGAGACGUCGACCAUGUCAAGUUCCCGACUCCGUUACGGCCGUUUGUCACCAGAAACAUCCUGGUGGAAACCUUUGAAGAAAGUGAGCCGAUUUCCAAAUAUCUGAGCUCGGAUGUUCCGAAGGAGGUGAAGCAGAGAAUAGCCAGAAUGGGAGUGGACACGCUGCUGAAGAUGAUUUUUGUUGAUAACUUUGUCCACGGCGAUCUCCAUCCGGGCAACAUCCUGGUCCAGUGUCGGGCGCCUCUCACCGCUUCCAGCGACGGUUCUGGCCUCUCUGGAGAACACCACGGGAAGACCACUCUCACAGACCUCCUGGACACGGUGGUGGUCAGCGUCAGACCUGACCCGUGCCCGCUCCAGCUGGUGCUGCUGGACGCCGGCAUUGUGGCCCAGCUGAGCGACCACGACCUGGCCAACUUCAAGGCCGUCUUCACGGCUGUGGUGCUGCGUCAGGGUGAGCAAGUGGCAGAGCUGAUCUUGCAUCACGCCAGAGCCAGCGAAUGCCAGGAUGUGCCGCUGUUCAAAAAGGAGAUGGCGGAGCUGGUGGAUCACGCCCUCAGCAACACGCUCGCUCUGGGAAAGAUUCAAGUGGCCGACUUACUCUCCAGAGUCUUUGGUCUUCUCAUCAAACACAAGGUGAAGCUGGAGAGCAACUUCGCCUCCAUCGUGUUUGCCAUCAUGGUGCUGGAGGGUCUGGGCAGGUCACUCGACCCCAACUUGGACAUCCUGGAUUUGGCCAAACCCCUGCUGCUGAAGAACUGUGCCGCGCUGCUGUGAAACACAGGGAUCAGACGGCGUUAGAUGAACCCACACCCAAGACGACGAGGUAUUCCACCAGAAUCGACAGGAUGUCGCGUCCAUUCUUCAAGAGACCUCAUUAUGUUUUAAAAAUGAGAAUUCUUCAUGAGUUUGACUCAUGUUUUGUAGAGAUCUAUGUCUAUAGUGACAUAAAAAAGAGAUGAUACUGAAAUCAAUCAUUUUAAUCAUAUUAAUCUCUGCAUUAUUUAUGACUUUAAUGUUUUAGAAAGUUCUACGUUUUUAUUUGUGACUGCACAGUACUAAAUUGUUCAUAUCAAUUAAAAAAUACAAAA